CUACUCGAGCCCCCGCCCCGGCUGUUAACGGGAACUCCCCCUAAGUUCCCCGGUUCUCCUCUCUCUGCUCAUUCUCUCCGUGAGCUGUCACACACACACACACACACACACACACACACGCUUACUCAUACGCAUACACACGGAGUCGCUGUACGGUGGAGCACACGUCUGCUCUCUCUCUCUCUCGCCGUUCCCCGGUUACCGGAAAAAAAAAAAAAGAAGCGUCCGUUAAAAAAGAUUUCGCAGUCUGCGGCGAGCCUCGUCGUGACAGAGUUUGGAAAGGAGGAGUGAAAGAAGGGAGGUGUGAGGAGGGAGAGAGAGAAGAAAAAAAAAAGGUGGUGUCCUCCUGUCAGAAGCGAACACUUCCUCUGACACAUGGCUGACAGCGGGAGACGGAAGGGGCGAGAGAGCGUACGGGACUGACAUACACGCACGGAAAGAGGCAGAGCAGCGAAGAGGCAGGCGGCCAUCUGUGGUCGGUCCCCUGCUAGUCAGCAGCUGUGUUGGAGUCAGCAAACAGUUCUCAGCUCCACCGGGACUUCAGACAGAAACCACAGAGCGGGAUAAGGGGGUUCUUCCAACAUCUCAUUGCCCACGGGAUGAGAGCGGCCUGGGGCAAUGUUGAGGUCUCGCCGGCCUUGGAUUAGGCCCCUGGGGCUGCUUCUUUGGAAGGAUGGUGAUAUCCCAGCUGGAUCUUCUGCCGUCGCCAUCCUCCACGGCUGUCAUUAGUGGCUAAUGAGCUGCUGCUAGAGGAAACGGAGAAGGUUCCUGUGGAGAGAGGAGAAACAGUACAGCUGUUAUUAAGAGGCCCGGAAAUUUCAGACAAGGAAUUUUUUGCCUCUGCAAGAGAGUGGAACCCUUUAAAACUCUUUCAGCAUGAAAGGAUAUUGACUCUGUUGUUGUGGACAUUUCUUUGCCAAUCUUUGCUAAUUGUUCAACAUGGAGUUAAAGGACAUUUUUUUCAGCAAGAUGAUUCAGCAUUUUUGUCUCCUAACUGAAGAAGUUUCAACAAAAACAUUAUAAUAAUUCAGUAUUUUUAAAGCUAUAUUUUUGUUUUACACUUUGAUAUUGUUUUGCCCUUUUUUAUGACCUGAAGGACACUGGUCGCCAUGGCAGCAGCCUAUCGUGUAGUGGUGAGCAGUGUGAGCUGCUACAACAGUGUGGUAGUGGACCGGCGUACUCACUCCCACGCUGUGCACUACUGCUCCGGGCCAUGUGGGGCGCUGUCCCAGGGACUGGACUGUACGGUCGCACACCGCGGCACGUGCUCCGAGCUGCUUGUUGCGCCUGACCCUGCAUAUGUUGACCCCAACAACUCACUCAUACACUCCCAUAACAUGAUUACUCAACAACUUCCAAACCAUGGUAAAAUUAGUGUUACCAUGGAUGCGACUUAUAACGGCGGUCUAGAGAGGGCAGGCAGCAGUGGCAAUUUGUCUUUAGGGGAGGACAGCCCCACGUGGCGUGGUAAAAAGACUCCCAUUGUCGGAGGAUCCGCUGGGAACCUGUGCUCCUCUGGCAGUCUGAAGGACAUUACUGAAGAGGCCAUCAACCUGGCCAGUGGUAAGCUCAAAGAGUUUUCUUUUGACAAGCUCCGACUCUCUUCUUCCAGCCAUGUCACCUUCCGGAAAGGUCGUAAGGUCCGUCCUGACUCUUUCAGCCGCCGCUCCACUGACCUGGAGAUAAUCUACGGUCACUUCAGCUCCCACAUCACCACGAACGGAACGACGAAUAGCAUGACAAAUGGCAUGGCUACUUCUAAUGAUGAGAACCUGCCACCGUUUGUGCCAGGGAAAGGAUCAGGCCUGGAGGAGACAAAGAUAAAGGGCAGCACAGGCACCUUGUCAGCCAUCACCAAAGUGGGUGGUGGAUCAACAAGCAGCCUAUCAAGUAUUGGGUCUUUGGAUCAAAGUCUGAACACGGUGGCCUCCCUGUACCUCAAUGCCCUUGGAGAGGAGAACCUGAUUGCCCGUCUGCUGGAGAAAACACGAGCAGAGGCGGGCUCUGGGGGAGCAGGCGGGGAGGACAUCCGCGCCUGCCUUGACAUCCUCCUUAAAUGUUCUGAAGAUCUAAAGAAAUGCACCGACAUCAUUAAGCAGUGCAUCAGACGAAAAGCUGGUGGAGGGCCAGAGGAUGGAGGAGCCAGUCCUGACAGUAUGUAUCGGGCUGUGAUGACACGGCUCAGCACCUAUUUGAAGAGACUACCUCUGGAGCUGGAGGGUAUUGGAAGUUUGGGAGGUGGUGGACAGGGGGGUCAGGGUGCACCUGGAAGCGGGCACAGUGAUCUGGCUGAGCUGGUCAACACUCUUCACUCCAUCCAGCAGGGGCCGUACUCUCCCAUUUUUGGCAAUGAGCAACCUCCUCGCUAUGAGGAUGUGGUCCAUUCACCUCCUAUCCCAAAGACUGUUUCUCAUUCUACAUCUUCUUCUUCCUCCUCAUCUUCUUUGAAAUCAGACUCCAUCCAUACCAAACCAGUCCAAAGCUCCCCAUCCAGAGCCACCCCACUUAUCAAUGGACUACAACAUCCCCAUCCUUCUUCUAUCACACAACACACACUCUCUCCCCCGUCCGUCACAUGCUCUCCAUCCAGAUCCUCCCCAACACACUCUCCUUCCCCUCUUCGUACCUCCCCAACCCCGCCGUACACACACACACCUCCGGCAUCCCCCAUGGAGGCUCUUUAUAUUGAGGAGGAGGAAGCAGAAGUGGAGAAGACACCAGAACAAAUCCCACAACAGACACACACUCCAACCAGAGGGGUAAAAACUACCCCAAACAAAAACGGGACAACGUUGGGUCAACACAUGCAGUUAUCCCAUCCACACACACACCAUAACUCUUCGAGUACUUUACCAGCCAGCGCUGGCUACAGCCCCACUUGGCCUUCCUCUGCCUCACAAACAGUCUCAGCACCCAAAGCUGUCUCACACAGGAAUGAUGACAUUGACAAGCUGCUGAUGGACUUAGAGAAUCUUUCUCAGAGUAUGAGCCACCCCAGAAACACUGAGCCACCACUUCCAGCCAAAACCAGGAAGAGGGAAGGAGGCCAGGGAAUCACUUCCACUGAGGCCCUCACCCAGCCCAAAAUGGCCCAGUUCCAUGUCCAGAAGCCAGAGAGCCAUCUACCCAUGAAUGGCCCUAGCUCCAGGAGUCCCCAAAGCCUCACCCCUCCCCAGGGAGAGAACAGUGAAGCUGUGGUGGGUGAGGAGGAGGAUGGGGCACUGCUCCUGAGGAUCCUGGAGAGCAUUGAGAGUUUUGCUCAGGAGCUGGUGGAUUCUGGGGCAGGGAGCACAGGGAGUGCUGAGAGAAAGUGUGGGAAGGAGCGGGAGGUGAUGAGGCUCCUGCAGGAUACACUGGCUACCACAGGCAGAGCUGACACCCCUCUUGAGAGCCCAAACCCACCAGCUUCUCCCACUCCUCCACCUAUACACACAGAUGUGGUCCCAGCUAUACCGCCAAAACACUCCCUUGCAAAUACACCUGCAGUUUCACCUGCACCACCACCCAUAACUGCAGCAUCUGAAGCUGUGUGCAAUGUUCCCUCUGAACCUGCACCUAAACUUACACCUGAUGCUGCCCCCAAACCUCUGCCUACACCCAUCCCUGAGCCUAUAACUGAGGCUAUAGAAGUUACCGAAGCCUCUACAGGUGAGACCGAUCCAAAAUCCAUCCUCAGCCCUGAAACAUCUGCACCUGCAAGCUUGCAUUCCUCUGCACAACCAGCUGAACCUACACCUGUGGCUGCACCUGAAGCACCAGCCCCCGCUGCGAUCCCAGUCGCGGUAGCAGCAAGAGAUGCUGCAGCUGCUGUCGGUGACCCUGCUCCCGUGAGAGACACCGGUUCAACCCUCCUCAUCCAGCAGACUCCAGAAGUGAUUAGAGUCCAGUCCAAACCAGAGAAGAAACCAGGCACUCCUCCACCAGCCCCCGCCCUAGCCACAGUCUCACCGGCCCCCACACCGCGCUCACCAAGCCCUCCUCCGGCUCCGGUGAUUGUCACCCCUCCUCCCCCCGCCAUCAACAUUCCCAGGUUCUACUACCCCCGUGGACUCCCUGCCAUGGGCACGGUCGCCAACCACGAUGCAGCCAUUACUACCAUCGAGACGGCCUUCACUGAGUUCGAGGAGGAGAAGGCUGACAUAUAUGAAAUGGGGAAGAUUGCCAAGGCAUGUGGGUGUCCACUUUACUGGAAGGCCCCCAUGUUUUACUCAGCAGGUGGUGAGAGGACGGGCUUUGUCUCUGUUCACUCCUUUGUUGCAACUUGGAGGAAGUUGUUGCACAGUUGCCAUGAUGAUUCAUCAAGGUUUAUUUACCUGCUAGCCAAACCCAGCUGUAACUACCUAGAGCAGGAGGACUUUAUUCCUCUACUACAGGACAUAGUGGAUACACACCCUGGGCUCACAUUUCUGAAGGAUGCACCUGAAUUUCAUUCCCGCUACAUAACAACGGUGAUCCAGCGGAUAUUCUACGUGGUGAACCGUUCGUGGACGGGUCGUAUCACCAUGAUCGAGCUGCGCCGGAGCAACUUCCUACAGACCUUGGCCUUGCUGGAAGAGGAGGACGACAUCAACCAGAUCACUGACUACUUCUCCUACGAACACUUCUAUGUCAUCUACUGCAAGUUCUGGGAGCUGGACACCGACCACGACCUCUACAUUGACCCCAAAGACCUGGCGAGAUACAACGACCAUGGUAUGAACGACUUAGAGACUUCUUCAAACAGAAUCAUAGAAAGGUUGUUUUCAGGGGCCGUUACUCGGGGUAACGCCGUGCAGAGAGAAGGCAGGAUGAGCUACGCUGAGUUCGUCUGGUUCCUCAUAUCUGAAGAAGACAAGAAAAAUCCCACCAGUAUAGAGUACUGGUUCCGCUGCAUGGACACGGAUGGCGAUGGUGUCCUGUCCAUGUUUGAGUUGGAGUAUUUCUACGAGGAACAGUGUGAGAGGAUGGAAAGGAUGGGCAUCGAACCUCUGCCCUUCCAGGAUUUGCUCUGCCAGAUGCUCGACCUGGUCAAACCUGAGAGUCAAGGUAAGAUAACCCUCGGUGAUUUGAAGCGUUGCCGGAUGGCCCACAUAUUCUUUGACACCUUCUUCAACUUGGAGAAAUAUCUGGACCACGAACAGAGAGACCCAUUUGCUGUGCAAAAGGACGUUGAUAGUGAAGGUCCAGAGCCAUCUGAUUGGGAUAAAUAUGCCUCAGAGGAGUAUGAGAUACUGGUGGCAGAGGAGACUGCAAAUGAACAGCUACACGAGGGGUCAUUUGAUGAUGACUAUGAAUCUGAGGAGCUUCAAGUCCCUGGAGAGAUCGGGAAUAAAAUGGAAAAACUGGUCAUAUCAGACCUGACAGCAUGAAGUUCCUUUUUCUGGAAUUCCUGGGCCUUUCUCUCUGGAAAAAAAAAACAAACAGGAACAAAGUGAUCAAAGUGAUAGAAGGUCACUUUGCAUAAAAAUAUAUAUAUAUGGAUGUAAAGACAGAGAGAGAAAAAACGACUCUGGCAUCUGUUUAUCGAAGACUCUGGAGUCUCCUCAGAACGGACUGAAUCAGUUUUUGUGUGUGUGUGUGACUGUAAAACCAGCACUGUUCUACAUCUGGUGCAAUAACGCAUCUGUAUCGAUACAGAAAAAAAUGUCACUGCCUCCAGCUCUUCGCUCCACCUGAGAGGUAAAAGUCAAACAAAGAGGGGCAGAAGUGUUUGAUAAGCUCUAAAAAGGAAUAAAAAACUGUAAAAUAAUGUAA